CUCUUCUGAUAGAAAUGAUACUGCGCUUUUAGAUACAUAUCAACCCGAAGAGAUUUAUUCUCAAUAUAUAAUUCGGAUGGCAGAAAAAGGUUAUAUACCUGAUCCUACAAAACCUAAAGUGCUUUCCUUAGACAAAAAAAUUAUACGAGAAGAUUUGUUAUCUCGAAUUUUAGUUGCUUGUGCAGAUGCAUUAAGCCUUAUUCCUGAUU